AACUAGUACUCUUAUAGUCUUCUUUCAGUCAGUACAUCAGAUUAUCAAGAAGAUGGGAGCUUUUGGUUUAGCAGAGAUUUCAGAUGAUGAAGGAUCGUCAUCUGUAGAUAACGCUAUCAUUGAAGCAGCACCUAUUGUGUCAUCCUACAAUGACAAAAUCCGUCCUCUUCUUGAUGCCGUCGACAAGCUUAGAAGCCUCAUGGUUAUGGAGGAAGGCAUUCAGCUCCCCACCAUUGUUGUUGUGGGUGACCAAUCAUCUGGCAAGUCAAGCGUCCUUGAAUCCCUGGCCAGCAUCAGUCUGCCACGCGGACAAGGUAUCUGCACCAGAGUGCCCCUUAUAAUGAGGCUUCAACACCACUCUAGUCCUGAACCAGAGUUCCAGUUGGAGUACAAUGGCAUAGUUGAGCACACUGAUGAGGUCAACAUUGCUGAUGAUAUUGUCAAUGCUACCAAUGCUAUUGCUGGUGGAGGUAAAGGAAUUUCUAACACCCCAUUGACUUUGUUAGUGAAAAAGAACGGUGUUCCAGAUUUGACUAUGGUUGAUCUCCCUGGAAUUACUAGAGUUGCUGUUAAUGGCCAGCCUGAGGAUAUCUGUGAUCAAAUUAAAGAUAUGAUCAUGGAGUAUAUCAAGCCUGAAGAGAGCAUCAUUCUCAAUGUGUUGCCUGCUUCUGUUGAUUUUACAACUUGCGAAUCGAUCAGGAUGUCACAGAGUGUGGAUAGAACUGGUGAUAGGACUCUAGCUGUGGUGACAAAGGUUGAUCAGACGCCUGAAGGACUAUUGGAGAAGGUUACAGCAGAUGAUGUCAGCAUUGGUCUCGGUUAUGUCUGUGUGAGGAACCGGAUUGGAGAUGAAACUUACGAGGAGGCAAGGGCCAAAUCUCAUCGACUAUUUCAAACUCAUCCUUUGCUGUCUAAGCUUGACAGAUCUAUUGUUGGAAUUCCAGUUCUGGCUCAAAAGUUGGUGCAGAUUCAAGCUUCUAGCAUAGCUAGAAACUUGCCAGACAUUGUCAAGAACAUAAAUGACAAGCUGAGUUCUUGUCUUUUGGAGUUAAACAAAAUGCCAAAGAGUCUGUCAUCUGUUGCUGAAGCCAUGACUGCUUUUAUGCAGAUCAUCGGAUCAUCAAAAGAAUCACUUAGGAAAAUUCUGGUGAGAGGAGAAUUCGAUGAAUACCCUGAUGACAAGCGCAUGCAUUGCACUGCUCGUAUUUAUGAGAUGCUCCGUCAGUACUCAGAUCAACUUCACAAUGAAAGUGACUUGAAAAGUAACUUCUUAAUAGAGGAGAUCAAGAUUUUGGAGGAAGCUAAAGGUAUUAGCCUACCCGAUUUUGUUCCUCGCAGUGCUUUUCUUGUUAUAUUGCAGGGAAAAGUGAAGGCCAUUUCGAGCAUCCCUAUUGGGUUUGUUGAGAAAGUUUGGACUUAUAUUGAAGAAGUGGUUAUGUCUGUAUUGAUGGAUGAUACAGAAAACUAUUAUCAGCUUCAGUUAUGCACCAGAAGAGCUGGUCAAAAUCUUAUAACAAGGAUGAAAGAAAGGUCAAUUGAAUGGAUGAUGGAGAUUGUGGAAAUGGAGAACCUGACUGACUAUACAUGUAAUCCAGAAUAUGUAUCCGAAUGGGAUCGGCUGAUGGUUCAACGAGACUCAUUAUAUGUGGUGAUGAAUAUAAAUGAGACUACAAUCUGUCUAGAGGGUAUUGGGGAGGUUGAAGUUGGAGCUCUUAAGCAGUAUCCUCAUGUCCUGUCUCUGGCUUUCGACUUGAAAAUGAGGAUGACUGCUUACUGGAAAGUUGUUCUGAGAAGGCUUGUUGAUUGUAUGGCUUUGCAUUUACAGUUGAGUGUUUCGAAGCUUGUGAACAAAGACAUGGAAAUUGAGAUUGUGAAUGAGCUGAUGGGACCAAAUUGUGGUGGUGGGAUUGAGAAAAUGCUGGAGGAAUCUCCUGCAGUUGCCGUCAAGCGCGAGAAGCUGGUGAAGAGCAUCAAAAAGCUCAGGGAUUCCAAAGAGGUUGUUGCUAAGAUCUUGGAUGGCGUUGCUACCUAAUGGUGAUCAAGUGCUUGCAUAAUAUCAUCAAUGCAAGUAGUAUGAGUAAUGUGGAAGUUCAUCAUGUAUACAUGUUUGUAUGAACAUCUAUUUCUGGCAAUCAGAGUGAAUUUAC